AAAUCAUAAUCGUAGAAGGGAAUCCAAGAAGGCCUAAUUAUAAGUCUCACCAAUUUCCAUUAAAAUUUAAACAUAAAAAUACCCUCUUUUAUUUUUGAAUUUUGAUUAAACAUCAGAAUUGAUUUUCGAGCCUCAAAAGUGGUCGGAGGUUCCUUAUGAACCAGGUUUCUGCUCUGUCGCCACAAUCGCGCCACCUCUUCGCCAAGUUACGCCACUUCGCCGACCACAAAACCAUCUCCAAUGGCAAAUCAAUCCACGCCCAUCUCCUCAAAACCGCCGCAUUUCCCACGUGCUCAAUCCUCUCCACCACUCUCCUCAACUUCUACGCCAAAUGCCAUCUCUUCUCCGACGCCCGCCGCCUGUUCGCCGAAACACCGUACAAACAGAACGCCGUUCUGUGGAACGUCCUCAUCAACAACUAUUCCCAACUGGGCCUCGCCCAUCACUCGCUCUCAUCCCUGCAACUCUUCAAACAAAUGCUCCGCCACGGCAGCCUCCCGAAUUCCCACACCUUCGCCGGCGUUUUCUCCGCCGCCGUUGUUCUGGAGGACGCGGUUAUGGCCCACCAAGCGCAUUCUCUCGUGGUGAAGUUGGUCGAAUCCGCCGACGUGUUCGUGUACAGCUCCAUGGUGAACGUCUACGCCAAGUUGGGUUUCCUGGACGAGGCCCGCAACGUGUUCGACGAAAUGCCCGUGAGGAACUCGAUCACGUGGUCAACUAUGAUUUCUGGCUAUGCUUCUCGGAGGCUGGCGGACAAGGCUUUCGGGAUUUUCCGGUGGAUGUUGUCGGGAGGAGCAGAGGAAGAGUCCAAUGAGUUUGUCUUCACUAGCGUUCUCAGUGCUUUUACAUCACCCGAGUUUGUCAAUCUGGGCAAACAAGUUCACUGCUUAGCAAUCAAGAAUGGCUUGUCGGAAAUUGUUUCGGUUGGAAAUGCCGUUGUUACCAUGUACGCUAAAUGUGGGAGCUUGAAGAACUCAAUACAAAUGUUCGAGCUUUCGACCGAAAAGAAUUCCAUCACGUGGUCAGCUAUGAUAACAGGGCAUGCACACAACGGGGAAGGCGAAAAGGCAUUAGCAUUGUUCCACGACAUGCAUUCACAUGGGAUGAAGCCAAGUGAGUACACACUCGUUGGUGUACUUAACUCCUGCAGCGACACCGAACAAAUCAAUAUCGGAAAGCAAGUGCAUGCGUAUUUAGUAAAAGCCGGAUUCGAACACCAAAUGUACAUCACAACUUCUUUGGUCGAUAUGUACGCUAAGUGCGGCUAUAUAGUCGAAGCCCAAAAAGGGUUCGACUAUCUGCACGAGCCCGAUCUAGUACUAUGGACAUCCAUGAUAGGAGGGUACGUACAAAACGGUGAUAACGAGAAAGCUUUUAGCUUGUACUGCACAAUGCAAACGAAAGGGAUUGCUCCAAACGAGCUAACCAUGGCUAGCGUGUUGAAAGCUUGUUCGAGCCUCUCGUCUUUAGAGCAAGGGAAACAAGUGCACGCGCACGUUGUAAAAAAUGGAUUCAGUCUCGAAGUUCCGAUAGGGAGCGCCCUCUCGACCAUGUACUCAAAGUGUGGGGCCCUCGAUGAUGGAUAUUCCGUUUUCCGAAGGAUGCCUAGCGUGGACGUCAUAUCGUGGAAUGCGAUGAUUUCGGGCCUCGCGCAAAACGGGUUCGGAAAUGAAGCACUCGAACUAUUCGAAGAGAUGCAAUGGGAAAAUGCGAAGCCUGAUUAUGUGACGUUCGUGAAUGUUCUCUCUGCGUGUAGCCACAUGGGAUUGGUUGAUCGAGGUCGAGAGUAUUUCGAAUUAAUGUUGGAUAAAUUCGGUUUGGCUCCGAGGGUGGAGCACUACGCGUGCAUGGUGGAUGUAUUGGGUAGGGCGGGGAAGCUUCUAGAAGCUCGGGAGUUUAUCGAGUCGGCUGCUAAUAUAGAUCAUGGUUUAUGUUUGUGGCGGAUUUUGUUGAGUGCGUCGAGGAAUUAUCGGGACUUUGAGAUGGGGAUUUACGCGGGGGAGAAGUUGGUGGAAUUGGGGUCGAGUGAAUCUUCGGCUUAUGUGUUGUUGUCGAGUAUUUAUUCGGCUUUGGGAAGAUUGGAAGAUGUUGAAAGAGUGAGGAGGGUAAUGAAUACGAGGGGGGUUAGUAAAGAGCCGGGGUGUAGCUGGAUUGAGCUCAAGAAUCAGGUGCAUGUGUUUGUCGUUGGAGAUUUAUUGCACCCCGAGAUUAAGAAUAUACGCGAAGAAUUGUGGAGGUUUAGUAAAGUUAUGAUGGAGGACGAAUUGGAUUACGAGACAGUGUUAGAAGAAUAGCUGUGUAUUUUUUGUCUGAAUUGAUGAAAGAGAUUACCUCGAAAGAUUUUUUACAAGGAGAGCUGAGUGAGGUAUUUAACGACGUGAAUUCGAUUUAUCAUGCUAAUACUUUUUAUGUUGAGCUCGUUGUACAUGAUUUGCUCAGUGGGGUUCACACCUUUUCGUGCGGUGUGCGCGAUUAACAAGAGCGAUGCACAUUUGUGGCUGCAACUAUUUUUGUCAAAUAAAAGAAAUGAGAACAA